GGUCAGGAGCUCCGCCGUGUCUGUUCAGAGAGAGUGUGUGUCUGCGUGUACGUGCGUGUGUGUGUAUAUGUGUGUGUGUGUGUGUGUGUGUGUGUGUGUGUGUGUUAGUUACCGUUACCAUUUUAUUAUGUGUGUGUCUUAUAUUACAGCCAUGCUGAACAUCAGCGGCCAGAGAGAGAGGAGAAGGGAGGAAAAGCCUGUUUACACAGACUGCAAACCGCCUGGGGAAUAGCUCAGUAAAGGAAGUGAGCCCGCUCUCUGUCUGACUGCUCCAACUUCCUGCUCUCUCUCACACACACAGCAGAAAAAGAGAGAGAGAGAGAGAGAGAGAGAGAGAGAGAGAGAGAGAGAGAGAGAGAGAGAGAGAGAGAGAGAGAGAGAGAGAGAGAGUGAGCGACAGAAAAAAAAAGGGGGGGGGAAUCAGGAUCUCAUUACAAGAGAAACAGACCGUUCGCAGACGCCUGUCAGCAUGGAAAAUCAGGGGAUUUUACCCAGUUCCUCUUAAAAUAUUACCCAGCAGAAGAAUUGGUUAAAGCUCAUCCGACAUCUGGGUAUGGAGAGUGCAAUCACGCUGUGGCAGUUCCUGUUACAGUUGCUGCUGGACCAGAAGCAUGAGCACUUAAUCUGUUGGACCUCCAAUGAUGGUGAAUUCAAGCUUCUCAAGGCAGAAGAGGUGGCCAAACUGUGGGGACUGCGCAAGAACAAGACGAAUAUGAAUUACGACAAGCUGAGCCGCGCCCUGCGGUACUACUAUGACAAGAACAUCAUCAAGAAGGUGAUCGGCCAGAAGUUCGUGUACAAAUUUGUGUCCUUUCCCGAGAUCCUCAAAAUGGACCCCCACGCGGUGGAGCUGAGCCGGGAGAGCCUGCUGCUGCCGGACGGCGACUGCAAAGUGCCUUCGGAGGGCCGCGACGCGCACAAGCCCAGCCUGUCGGCCCUCAAGAGCGCCAGCCGGAACGAGUACAUCCACUCGGGCCUGUACUCGUCCUUCACCAUUAACUCGCUGCAGAACCAGCCGGACACGUUUAAGCCCAUUAAAAUGGAGAAGCUGGAGGAGCCGCUGGACGGGGGCGCCCCUCCGGUGGACGAGGUCAGGACGGUCAUCAGGUUUGUGACUAAUAAGACAGAGAAGCCCAUCAUGAGGCCCGUGGUGUCUCUGCCGUCCACCUCGGAGGCCGCGGCCGCCUCAGCCUUUUUGACCUCUUCGGUCUCCGCGAAAAUCUCCUCCUUAAUGUUGCCCGGUGCAGCCAGCGUUUCCUCCGCCUCCCCAAGCUCCUCCCGGUCCCCUUCCCUGUCCCCGGACUCCCCGCUCCCGUCGGAACCCAGGAGUCUCUUCCUAGAGUCCAGCUACCGGGAUUCUGACUCUCUGGAGCCUCUGAAUCUCUCCUCGGGCUCCAAGACAAAAUCGCCAUCUCUCCCCCCAAAGGCUAAAAAACCCAAAGGUUUGGAAAUCUCAGCCCCGCCGCUGGUCCUGUCCAGCAACGACAUCGGCUCUAUUGCCCUCAACAGCCCAGCCCUUCCCUCAGGAUCUCUCACUCCAGCCUUCUUCACAGCACAGAGUCCGAACGGAUUGCUGCUGACGCCGAGCCCGCUGCUGUCCAGCAUUCACUUCUGGAGCAGCCUGAGCCCGGUGGCCCCGCUGAGUUCUGCCCAGCUGCAAGGACCCAACACUUUGUUUCAGUUCCCAACUCUGCUCAAUGGCCACAUACCGGUGCCAAUCCCCAGCCUGGACAGAGCCUCUUCCCCGGGACUCCUUUCUUCAAGUGCUCAGAAAUCCUGAUGAUCUCCCCACAUUAAAGGGCUUGCUAACUGACAGAAGAAAUCCACCCCAACGGGCUAGUUUUCCUGUGUCGUGACAAGGACAUUGUGAAACCCUGUUACUUUGGUUUGCACUUUCCAUUACGUGGAUGGUCUGAGUUGUUGCAUUAGCAUUUUUUCAACAGUUUUUUAUAUAUACGUAUCAGUAUAUAUAAAAGCCUGUUUUGCAUUAAAUGACUUUUUUCAUGUUUUUGUAUUCUCUUAGCUCUCAAGUGUUGAACACUGUUGACAGUGAAGAACUUUUCUUAAUGGAUUUCAUUGUAUCUAAUAAGGAUGUGAAGCUUCCCCUCCCUUUAAUUCUGCACUGUGCUCAUAUAGACUAUAACCGGCUGUGCCUUCCUUUGCAUAAUGUUUAAUGUUAUGUAAAUGAUUUAUAUAUUUUCUAGUAUUAAGAGAAAAUGGUUGAAAGAGAAAAAUUAGUAUCCAACAGCGCUAUGGUAGUGAUGCAUUCUUUUUCACAAGUAGGCAAUAUGAAAGCACGUCCAUAUAACUUUUUACUUCGUGCUUUCAAAUUGUAUACAAAAUUGCCUUACAAUGUUUUGAACUGAAAGACAAUAGUAGAUCUACUGUCCAUGGUAAUGAGGUUUUUUUUUUUAAAGAAUAAACCAAGCCAUAUUUAGACAAUGACUAUUCAUAGACUGAAAUGCUCCAAGGGCGUAUUAAAAGCAUAAUUGCAAAAGACAAGCCUUCUAGCUGCCGACAGGACCUUUCAGAUUCUUUGCAAACAGGGAAUGAAGAUGAAAAACUACACAAAGAGACCCUCUUUCCAUGCCUUUGGCACCCGUCUUAGAUUGCUCCCAAUCGUUACAUGUUCUCUUAGCAAUGAGAACACCCAGGGCUUCCACUUUCCAUAGAGAAUGACUUAUCUGAAUAGAUUUACUCUGUCAGUAUGUGUUCAGGGUUUCCUGAAACCCUUAGGAUCUUAGGUAGAAUAUUUAAAACCUAGUGUUUUGAAAGGGGCUCACUUUAAAGGGGGUUCUCAGUUUUGAAAAUUUGGGCAGAAUGCUCUACUUAAUUUGAUGUAUCUUAAGUUUAUGGUCAAGGUGAAAGAAACUCAAUAUGAGUUCAAAUUAAUCAUCUUCUGAAAGCACUAUUGUUGUGGAGCUGAAUUUAACUGUUUCAAGUCAUCUGGAACAAGCUACGUAGUCAAUGUGCAUCUGCAAUUUAGAGCAAUGAUUAUGAAAACAUGUCCUGAAGGACGAGGCAUAAAUGAAAGGCAACCUUCCUUCUAAUGCUACUUUCUGUUCUUCGAGGAGAUUACAGGCAUCCUAAUACAGGAUGGAAGAAAAGACCCUGGGAAAAGCAGCUGGUCCUGGCAAAUUCAAGAUUGGGUUAAUUAUAGUCCCUAAUUACUUGACUGGUCAUGAAAAUCAUUUUGGACGAUUACUGUACAGCUAACUGGUCUGGACCAUCCCUUAAAUGCACUACUAUGGGACAACCAUAAAUAUUAACCUCUGUGUAAA